AUGGAGGCAGUUGCUGAGACUCCUAUGCCCGUCCUCUCCAUAAAAGCCUUCAAGAAACUCCCCAAAUGGGAUUUUGAGGAUAAAUAUAACCAGGAUGCUCCACCCAGAGAGCCCACAUGCGCCCAGUCUCUACGGAUGUCUAACGAUGAGAAGUUUAAGAAGGCUUUCCUUCCCAACAUACGCUUGUUUCUGCACAAAGACAAUAUCAACAUGAGCGAGUGGAACCGACUCUCCCAUUUUAACAAUCCUUUCGGUUUUAUGGGGUUCAAGUAUGAUGAUGUGAUGGACUCAGUGAAAUUCAUCCCAAAGCCAAAGGAGCCACUUCUCCGUCCAGGCAAAGAUGGAUGUAUUCGCUGUGCUGUGGUGGGCACUUCUGGGAUCCUCUAUGGCUCUAAAUUGGGGAAAGAGAUCGAUGCACACGAUUAUGUGUUCCGGAUGAACGGCGCUGUCAUAAAGGGUUACGAGGAAGACGUAGGAAACAGAACGUCAGUGUACGUUCACACGGCCCACUCCAUCACUUCAUCCGCGUACGUGCUGAAGAAGUUCGGAUACAAAUCUGUCCCACAUGAUGAGGGUAUAAAAUUUGUGAUGAUUCCUGAGGGGAUGAGGGAUUUCCAAUGGCUUCAGGGUCUUCUCAAAGGAGAAAGGGUCUCUGAAGGUCCAUAUAAAAACCGGCGGCCAAGGACUUACUAUGCCGAUCAGUACAAUGAGACCCGCUUCUACGUUCUGCACCAGGACUUUCUCAGAUACGUGCGGAACAGGUUCUUGUUGUCUCGUAAUGUGAAUGCUUCAUUCUGGGCAAUAGUGAGACCAACCAAUGGGGCAUUCACUCUCUUCCUGGCUCUACACACCUGUGACAUAGUGGAUGCAUAUGGAUUCAUUACUGACAACCAUAACAAAUACUCCAAUUACUACUAUGAGAAAAAUGCUAAAACCCAUAUAGUUUUUUACGCCAAUCAUGAUUACAUACUGGAAAAGAAUAUGUGGAAAAAACUGCACGACAGCAAAAUAAUGAAGCUAUAUUUCAGACCAGACCCUGAAAACAAAAAACCAUAA